GACCCCAGGAGGCUGCAGGACACCCGGUCUGCCCUGGGGUUCCCAGACGGAGCGCCGACCUCUAGCAAGAUGACUUGGAGACAGGUCCUCCUCCUCUCCUGCCUCUCGGCCGCGGUGCUCCUGUCUAUGCUGCAGGAGGGGACCGGCGCGUCUGUGGGCACCAAGCAGGCGGCGGGGGAAGAGACCCAGCAAGACGUGAAGCAGAAGAUUUUCAUGCGGGAAUCAGAUGCCUCGAAUUUCCUCAAGAGGCGUGGCAAGCGGUCCUCCAAAUCCCGAGAAGAGGUCAACGCGGAAAACAGGCAGAAGCUACGGGCAGAUGAGCUGCGGAGGGAGUAUCACGAGGAACAGAGGAACGAGUUCAAGAACUUCGUGGAGGAGCAAAAUGAUGAGCAGGAAGAGAGGAUCAGGGAGGCUGUGGAGCAGUGGCGCCAGUGGCAUUACGACGGCCUGUACCCAUCCUAUCUCUACAACCGCCAUCACAUCUGA